AUGCCCCACCAGGAGCUCCCCGCCCGGCUCUGCCAGGAGGGAGCCUGGCAUGCAGCCCGGAGCCAGCUCCCCCUGGCCACCGCCUUCUACCUGGCUGCAUUCAGCUGCCGUCCGGCCCUGGCACUGAAGCGGGUGCGGGCUCUGGGCGAGGAGAGGGAACACCAGGUGGUGGCCACCCUGGAGGCCUGGGGCGGUGGGGAGACCCCCAUCCCCUCCAUUCACUGUGACCGCAUGGCCGUCGUGUCCCUCACUCCAGAACUCGCUGCCACCUUCCUCGCCACCCUCCGUCCUCACACGCCAGCCCCCUCCCCACAGGCUUUCCCCAUCCCAGGAGGAGGGGGCUUUGUCCUCUCACAGGGGGGUGAGCCCCUCCUGCUGCCCAGUGGCACCUUUGGGGCCCCCCUCCCUGCUCAUAGACCUGGACAGAAGAACAUGGAGGGCAGACCCCAAGAUGACCAGGUGGCUGCCCGGGCACUGGGUGACCCCUGGGCCUGCAGCAAGUGGGCUUCCUUCCUGCUCAGUGAGGGCCGGUGGGAGGAGUGUGUAACCAUCUGCACUCAAGCCCUGGGGGAUGGUUCUAAGGUUUUGGAGAACCUGGGGAAUGGUCCAACCUCUAUGGGACCCCCCUGGGAUGGUCUGGUCACUCUAGGGGACCUGGGAGAUGGUCCAGCCUUUCUAAAUCCCCUGAGGGAUGGUGUGGCCACCUUGGGGCCCCCAGGGGAUUACAUGGCCACUCCGAGGCUCCCAGGGGAGGUUGUCUCCAGCCUGUUGGUCCACCGGGCGGCUGCCCACUUCCUCUCUGGCCUACACUCCAGAAAAGCACUCGAGGACCUGCAAGAAGCCUUCAUGGCUAGUCCCCGCUGGGGCAGGAGGCACCUUGAGGAGGCGUUCUCACCCCGGGACGUGGCACGGAUCGAGGCCCAGGCCCAGGAGGCGGUGGAAUCGGGCUUCUCCGCCUUCCGGGAGGAGAUCCGGAGCCGGGAAGAGCCACGGCGGGACAGUGGGCCAGGCCCCCUCCCUGGCGUGGCCCGCACCCUGCGCUUCCUCCUGCACGUGGCCCCAGGGCCGGAGCGAGCGCGGGAGCUGAACGUCCGGCUGGCCGACUGCCUGCUGCUGGCCGGCGACUGGCGAGACGCCCUGGCCCUCUGCGGCGACCUGCUUCUCGUCCAGCGGGCCACCUACCGCAGCACCCUCCUGGCCCUGAGGGGCUUCUGCACCCUCCGAGCCGGGGACCCCGGCCGGGCCCUGGAGGACUUCCAGGCGGUGGUCGGGCACGAGGCUCCGCACCCCGUCAGCUGCGUGCGAGCCCUGUGCGGGCGAGGGCUGCUGCGUGUGCUGGCUGGUAGCCCCUACCUGGGGGCCCGGGAUUACAUCACUGCCUGCUGGCUGAAGCGGGACGAAGCCGUGCUCACCGUCAAGGCCUACGUGCCCUGGAACCAGAGGGGCUUGCUGCUCACGGUCCUGCAGGAGGAGGGCCACAAAAUGCUGCAGAAGAAGCCCACCUCCCUGCCGGCCAGAGCUGGGGCCCAUGGGAAGAAGGCGGCAGAGCGGGAUGAUCACCCCAAGAGAGAUGGAGACGUAUCGGGGGUUCACCAGCUGGCGACCCUCCUGAUGGAGCUGGACGAGAAAGACGAGGGGUCCCGCCUCCUGUGCGCUGACGCCCUGUAUCUGCUGGGCCGCCUGGAAGAGUCUCACAAGGUGCUGUUGGGGUCCCUCUCCCGGAAUGCCCGGGCCCCCCCAGUCCUGGCCCGCCUGGCCCUGCUGCAGAUGAGGAGGGGCUUCCUCUAUGACAGCCACCAGCUGAUCCGGAAGGUCAUCCAGCUCGGGGACACUUCGUGCCUCCAGCCCAUCCUGGAGGUGUUCCCGGAGGAAGAUCGGAUGCGGCUGCAAGCCCACUGCCACGCCAGGGCCCUGGUCAUCCUUGACCACAAGGAGGGGGACACGUACAUCAAGGAGGCCGUGGCGUACCUCUCGCUUGCCAUCAUCGCUUCUGGGGGUCAGGCCAUAGAGUCCCUCCUGACACGUGCCCGAUGCUAUGGGCGGCUAGGCCAGAAGAGAACAGCUGUGUACGACUUCAACGCCGUCCUCAGCAGAGACUCCGGAAACGUGGCAGCGCUGUGUGGGAGGGCGUUUAUGCUCCUGGUCCUUAACCAACAGAAGGAAGCCUUGAGGGACCUAACAUUGGCCCUCAAGCUGGACGCCUCCUCAGUGGUCCCUGAGAUCCUCACCCUGAAGCCCGAGGCCCAGGCCCUGAUCUGCCACGGUCUGCACGCCCACUGCCGGGCGGCCCUGAAGGACUUCGCCCCCCACCCAGGACCCACCCUGGGAGAGCCCCCCAAGGACCUCCUGGCCCUCGGACGAGCCCUGACUACGAUAGGCAUCAAGCGGAAAAGCGGACACUUCCUCUACGCGGACGUGCUGAUUGCAGUGGGGAGACACGAAGAGGCCAUCGCUCACCUCCGGGAGGCCCUGGGCCCCUCCGAGAUGUGUGGGGCCGCCGCCCGGGCCCGGCUGGGGUGGCUCCAGCUGAAGAAGAGGGAUGCCCGGGCCGCUGCCCACCACCUGGAAGCACUGGCUGGCCAAGACCCCCAGCAGCUGGCCUUCCUGCUGGACCUGAUGGACGACGAGCAGCGGCAGUCGCUUGUCCAGGCCGCUGCUGCUGAAGGGAACAUCCUGGACAGCGAGAACCGCCCGGAGGAGGCUCUGGGCUACUGGUCCUUGGCGGUGUCUGGGAGCCGAGGCCAAGCGAAGUUCCUCCGCCAACGAGCUGCCUGCCUGGCGCACAUGAAGGAGUUCGGCCAAGCCCUGGCGGACCUGGACGAGGCGAUAAAGAAACACGGCCCUGGUGAGCUCCAUGGGCUAGCGGAGGACUACUGCACCCGGGGUCUCCUGCAACUGACCCUCUCGGACGAGGAAGCGGCCACGGAGGCAUACAUCAAGGCCCUACAGUUGCAGCGCUCGGUGGCCCUGGGCCUCGUGGCUCACCAACCCGGCCCGAAACGGGUGGCACAGGUUUUCUACCAGGUGGCUCUGCGCCAUGUGGACGGGCACCGCUAUGAGGAUGCCUGGAAGGUGGUCGAGUUUGGCCUCCUCGUGGACCAGAACCACGGCAGCCUCAAGAAGCUGAGAGCGAGAAUCAAGAGGGAAGUGGCAGGUUGUAGUGUCCAUUGACGACAAUGCCUGGGAGAAUAAGUGGUCGAUAAAUACUGAG